AUGCCCGUCGGGCCCUCGUAUCUCACCGAGGUUCCCGUCGAAGUCGUGGAGAAUAUUUUCUCCUAUCUACACCCUUGUGAAAUAGUUCAAUGUCGCAUUGUGAGAGCUGACACGUCGAUAGAGCUUCAGCUUCGAAUCGAGCUAGGGAUCGAUGGCUAUCUUCUCAACUCAUCACCGCCGAUACCAGCUUGCGAGAUGCUAGCCUUAGUUCUAGAACGGCGAACAAGAUUCCAGCAAGGAGACCAUGUUUCCAAGUAUAGGUUAGAAACUCAAUUCCAUGGUCAAUAUGAGAUCAGCAACGGCUUCUUCGCCUAUGGUAUCAACCCAAAGUCGCCCGGGGUGUUCAACGGUAUAAAAUAUUUCCCGUUGACAUCGGAAACAUGUAGGACGGAUAGAACGAGAGAACGGUUGGAAUUCACAGAUCUCGGCAUCGACCUGACCGAUUUUUCGUUCAGUGUUGACGACGACUUGCAAGUCUUGGUCGAGAAAGUAAAUCUUGAGGCCCGGACGCGUACGAUUUAUUUCCGAACAAUUUCGACCAACGAAGCGCAUCCGCUUGCUGGUUCACCGCAGUUAGUUCUACGGCUUGAGGAUUUCAACCUCGAAGAGCAAUGUUAUACUCUCCUUUCUCAUGACCAUAUUGGCUUCGGCUUCUACAACUGGGACGUAGUGGGACACGAAUGUGCGCAGAUCAUCUAUAAUUGGCGAACCGCUGAACAUAUCUUACCAUACUCCCCGGUGUCUGAUGCUCUUUUCCUCAGUAAGGAAUGGGCAGCUCUUCUCAUCAACCAGAGCGAUUUUGUCGGGAUAUCUCUCAUCAAUCUCAAAGAUGGGUGUACUCUGCAAAAGUUUCGCCUCCCAUUUCGGAAGCCUGUCAGCUCCUGCUUCUUUAUUACGAGCACGCCAAAACGCUUCCGACCACCAACGAAAAGCGAUCCUUUCCGUUGCCUCACACAGGAUCCAAAAGUUCAGAUCCUAGGCAUCGUCGUCACGCCAAUAUCAGGAAACGGGAUCGAAGACGACAUACAUAUCGUUGUAAGCGCACAGCGCCUUUUUACCAAACUGGAGCAGGUCCAGACCUCGACAUCACCGCCAGAGUUUGUUGAAUGGGAAGACUGGGGCCCUCAGACGACUCGUUGGUUCGGAUUUAGCGAGGUCUCUGAAGCGAGUUUUCGUUCCAUCUCCGGAUCACGUCUUUUGGGCAAGUUAACGCCUAUCAGAACGGACGAAGUUUGGCAGAGAGAGCUGCUUCUGAUCUUUGAUUUUAAUAUGCGAGCUGUCCGUCGAUAUAGCUCAACGGCUACUAGUACAGAGGACACCUCGUUCAAGGUGUUCAAAACGUACACCAGUGAUAGCGAGUUACUUAAUGCGGGUGGUUCUGGAAUUGACGUCGUCUCGUCGCUGUCAUGCUUUGCGACCGCCACAACUAUCACUGCAAAGGACUACUUUGAUUUUUUCCUCGAGGAUCAUGCCAUCAUUGGGAAAGCAGUGGGUAGCUUUUACUACACGUAA